AUGCCUGUUCGCAGCUUUAUCGCCAAAGGUAGCGAGCGUCGUGCUGUCGACAAGCACAGUCUACCCAGUCUCGUGCUGCCUCUUGUACUGCUGGGGCUUGGCACUGCCUGGAUCCUCUUCGUCAACUCCGACCCCAGUGUCAGCGCCGUCUUCACCAAAUGUUUCCCACUUGCUGACGGUGAUGGGGCAGGCGAUGGUAGCGAUGGUGAGACGACGACGCCCUUCCUCGCCACUAUCCCCAUCGUCGGCCCACCCGUUUGCUGCCUCGUCUCCUUCUUUCGCGCCGCGCUCGACUCCCACCGCUCUGCCAUCAUCAUGGGCGAGAUCCUCUCAUAUGUCGGCGCCCUCCUGACGGUGACCACACUCGAAUCCGCUCGGGCAUGCAAUCAGUCAUCCUCGCUCAUCCGCAAUCCGACUCCGUCCUGGCUGCUUUUCAACCUUGCGGGCGGCGCUGUUGUCUGGCAACUCGUCAUCAUUCCCACAUUUCUAUCGCACGAGAGGAAGCGUCAGCGACAAUCCUCGGAGGAGCAGCAGGCACUACUUGGACCACAGGGCCAGGAGCAGCAACAGCAGCAUGAACACAUGCACCGCCAUCUGGACCCUGUCGAGCUGCCUGCCAUCUCGGCCGGGGUGGUCCUGGGAUACUUUGUCCCGUGCAUGCUUUUUGUCCUCGCCCCGGGUACCGUCUCUAUCCUGGCGUGGCUGUUCUUCCCCGCCUACAGCUCUGUUGUCCGCAUUGCUGUGCGUGGGCUGCUCAGAGCCGCCAACCCACCUGGCGCUGUUGCAGGUAGCAACUUGCACCCAGAAUCCAGCCGUGCUGCGAUCCUCUGGCUAUAUCUAGUCCCUAUGCUGUGGUCCGUGGUCGCACAUUGGUUGCUUCUCUACAACAUUGCUUUUGUCCCCGAUGACAGAUCACACACCACCAGGGCUGCCCUGGGUUUCAUUAUCGCGGACUUCACUGCCAUCGGGCUGAGCGUGGCCUACUGGAUGUUCGCAGAGGCUGGGUGGCGGCUUGCGGUUCUAAGUCUUGCAGCCGGUGCAGUUCUAGGCCCUGGUGCUGGACUCUGCUUGGCCUGGGUGCUGCGGGAGGGCAUUAUGGCUUCGACUGAGGGCAGACUUGGUAAGCAAAAGAGUUUUUGA